GAUUCUGAGUGGAAAUCAGUGGGUCCUGCACAGAAAAGGCUCAGGGCGUCAUUUUCUAAGUGUGAAAGCUCAAAAUGGCAAACUUCACUACCAACUUUUACACUUUACCGCAGUCCUUCAGCUUCUCUGAUAUUAUUGUCAUAGCAACGUACUUCCUCCUCAACCUCGCUGUUGGCAUCUGGUCGUCAUGCAGGGUGAGCAGGAAUACUCUGAGCGGAUACUUCUUGGCGGGGCGAGACAUGGCCUGGUGGCCGAUCGGGGCCUCUCUCUUUGCCAGUUCGGAGGGCUCAGGUCUCUUUAUCGGUCUGGCUGGGACUGGAGCUGCUGGAGGCAUCGCUGUGGCUGGUUUUGAAUGGAAUGCCACAUAUGUGUUACUGGCUCUGGCCUGGGUGUUUGUGCCGGUCUACAUCUCCUCAGGGAUUGUGACCAUGCCGGAGUACCUGGGCCGUCGCUUUGGGGGAGAGAGGAUCCGUACCUACCUGGCUGUCCUCUCACUGCUCUUAUCUGUCUUUACAAAGAUAUCGACUGACCUGUACUCUGGAGCCUUGUUUGUCCAGGUGUGUCUGGGCUGGAACCUCUAUCUGUCCACGGUCCUCAUGCUGGUGGUGACUGCUCUCUACACUAUUGCAGGUGGGCUUGCCGCCGUCAUCUACACUGACACACUGCAGACGAUUAUCAUGAUUAUUGGAGCCAUCAUCCUCACAAUCACUGCAUUUAACGAGAUUGGUGGCUACAACAACCUGGAGCAUGUGUACAGCAUGGCAGUGCCCCGGAAGAUCAUUCCUAACAGUUCGUGCCACCUGCCACGUCAGGACGCCAUGCACCUGUUCAGAGAUGCUGUCACCGGAGACCUGCCUUGGCCCGGCAUGACGCUGGGUCUCACAAUACUGGCCACCUGGUACUGGUGCACGGAUCAGGUCAUUGUGCAGCGUUCUCUGUCUGCCAAGAACAUGAGUCAUGUCAAAGGAGCAUCAAUCCUGGCGGCCUAUCUGAAGCUCCUCCCUUUCAUCUUCAUCAUCCUACCCGGCAUGAUCAGCCGUGCUCUCUAUCCAGAUUCUGUAGGAUGUGUGGAUCCAGAAGAGUGUGUGCGUGUGUGUGGAGCCGAGGUGGGAUGCUCCAACAUCGCCUUUCCCAAACUGGUGAUUGAGCUCAUGCCAAGUGGCCUCCGGGGGCUGAUGAUCGCUGUGAUGAUGGCGGCGCUCAUGUCGUCAUUGACUUCCAUCUUCAACAGUAGCUCCACCCUCUUCACCAUGGACAUCUGGAAAAAGCACCGCCCACGUGCUUCGGAGAGAGAGCUGCUAUUGGUCGGCAGGAUUGUGACAGUGAUCCUGGUGGUUGUGAGCGUCGUGUGGAUUCCCAUUCUACAGUCGACCAAUAACGGACAGCUGUACGUUUACAUCCAAUCAGUGACCAGCUACCUUGCCCCGCCGGUCACCGCCGUCUUCACUCUGGCCAUCUUCUGGAAGAGAACCAACGAGCAGGGUGCGUUCUGGGGCCUGAUGGUGGGGCUGGUGGUGGGUCUGUGUCGGAUGGUGUUGGAGUUUGCCUUCCCCCCUCCUAGAUGUGGUGUGGUGGACUCUGCACCCGCAGUGCUGCGCAGCGUGCACUACCUGCACUUUGCCAUUCUGCUCUGUGGGCUCACCGCCAUUGUGGUCACCACAGUAUCACUCCUCACACCGCCGCCGAGCCACGAACAGGUACGCAAUCUGACUUGGUGGACUCUGACGGAAGAGCCACAAAGAGAAAUUCCUUUACAGAGGGGGCCCUCCGUUAGCCACCGUAGCUCCCAGGGUUCUGAGCCGGCAUGGUGGGUCACAUGUGGUCAGGGGGCCAGAUGGUGUAUCUCAACAGUACACCACCAAGAAGAGACGUCAUCCCCGAGGAUUCCUAGCGUUAGAGAGUGUGUGUUCUGGUCUCGGUUCUGUUGUGUCAAUGCACUCCUGCUGGUCAGCAUCAACAUUUUUCUCUAUGCGUACUUUGCCUGAGUGAAGGAGCAGAUUUCACAUCGCGCCUCAUUCUGUCCUGCUCAAGUGUGACCAGCCACCUUCAGCGACAAAGCAAGGACUGACCUGUGCAGAUCCAAAGAGGCGAGGACAACAAAUGAUUGUUUUUAUUCAGAUUUUCACUUAAUACAUCUGAAGUCAAGGAUUGUGCUUUAAAGCUACAGUCUGUAGGAUUUAGCAUCAUCUAAUUGUCAGGUUGCCAACUGCAUUUUGCCACCGCUGGUCACGACUUUGUUCCCUUCAUGUUUUUAUAUGUCUGGUGACAGGGUUUCAUGCUUCCUUGGCUUCUCUUCCAGUAAGUAAUAUUUCUGAUCCUCCAUUUCUAUGUGGGCUACCAAACAUGUUAGCUUACAUUACCAACUAGUAAUGCAAGUCUGCUUCAGUCUUCAGGCUGCAUUGCAUUGUGAAAAGCAGACCAAGUCCUUUUUGGGUUACGGUAUCAACAUGGCAGUCUCCAUGAGGGGGCCUGUUCCCAUGUAGAUAUGAAGUGUUCAUUCUAAGCUUUUGAAAACCCAUAGAUUAUUUGUUGCAGGUAAUUACAGACUAAUGAACAUAUAGUUAUGAAUGCAAUAUUCCAUUUCUGCUAAGAAACACCCCUACAUCCUACACACUGUAGCUUUAAAAAGUGAAGCCUUGAGAUGUAAUAGGUGGUGAGUAAAAGCACACUAAUUAUAUAAAAUAUCCAAACUCAUUAGGCCAAAACAACCUGAAUAUAAUUCCUGUGUCUACUCCCAACUUUACCCAGAUCCACCUUCAGAUUAUUUCAUAUCGCUUCCAGGUCAAGGUCAAACCUCAUGUUUUUUUGUUUUUUUUUGUGAAAAUCACAUUUGUUUUUUGAAAAAAGCUGGUAAACUAAAAACUGAUAGCCCCACCACCUCUGAAAAAAAAAAAGCUGUAUAACCUCUGCGGCAAAGGUAAUGACAAAAUACAGUGUGCAUCCAUCAAUGAAAUGCUAAUGUGCAUAGAUAUACACCUUACUGACAGAUGAUAGUUUUUUUUUCCCCCAAAAUCAGUUGGAGUACAUGAUUUAAAAAAGUUUGCGACACAAAAAUCACCCUUUUUUAUACCAACUUGCCUAUACUGUUAUGUAUGUUCUUGUCUAUUUACUUUAAAUCAAAAUUCAAGGAAUUAUUGUUUCAUUCAAUUAACUGUUUUAAUAAAUGGGUGUAUAAUCAUGA